AUGCCCGCGUUCGGAGUAUCCCUCCCACGAAAAAAGAGGACAUUAACCUCUGCGAUCGACAACGAGGAAACGCAACCCACUACGAAAGCACAGAAGAUACACCCAUUCUUCUCGAAACAUGAGACCUCGGAUUCCGCAUUUCAGUGGAAGAAGUCAUUAGGGGCCAAGCGUACCUGCCUCCAUGGCGUUCAUCUCUCCCCUGAGAGUCGUCCCAAGGUUGCAGCCUUCGACCUCGAUGGAACAGUUAUCAAAGCAAACUUGGGAAAGCGAACGAAGGAAACCGCAACGCAGUGGGAAUGGUGGAGAGAUUGUGUUCCAAACAAGCUGAGGGAGUUGUCUAACUCAGGCUACACUGUCGUUUUCAUCUCGAACCAGGCUUUGAAGUCCCAGCAAAUAGAUCUUUGGAAUCUGAAGAUACCCUCCAUUGCAGCAAAGCUUUCUGACGUCCCUUUCCACAUCUUCGCGGCCACCGCCAAAGAUGGUUUCCGUAAACCCAUGCCAGGCAUGUGGGAUGAACUUGAGAGGAUAUUCGGCGAAGACAGCAUGCAAAUAGACAAGUCGGCGUCUUUUUUUGUUGGAGAUGCUGCCGGACGCUCUGUGGACUUUGCGUCCACUGACAGGAAGUGGGCCGAAAAUCUGAACAUUCCCUUCCAUACCCCAGAACAAUUCUUCCUCGACCUACCAGCAACGCCGUACGUGCUCCCUGGGUUCCGUGUGUCUGACGUUCCCGAAGGAAUCACUGGCCAAGAGAUCGUCAUCUUUGUGGGCUACCCAUGCUUGGGCAAGACAACAUUAUAUCAUCAACACUUUGCGAGUGCUGGAUAUGUCCACAUUAACCAGGACACUCUCAAGACAAGAGCGAAGUGUGUCAAGGCUGCAGAGGAAGCCAUCCAGUCCGGCAAGAGCUGUGUUAUCGAUAAUACCAACAGGGAUAAGGCCACCCGCAAGUUUUAUGUACAACUGGCUGCCAAACUAAACGUACCCAUUCGCUGUUGUACGUUCUCCGGUUCCAUUGAGCUGGCAUGGCACAACAACUUGUACCGCGCUUUUGCUGCAAUCCCCAAGUCGGACACGGAGGCCAAGCGAGAUCUCGUACCCUACCUAGCAUUCCUGAGUUUCAAAGAAGCCUAUGAAGAACCUGAGCUAGGCGAAGGCUUCUCUCGCAUAGACACUGUGAAUUGGGCCUUUGAGGGCAACGAUGCGGAGCGAAAGAGGUGGUCUAUGUGGUUACAAAUUGACGGGAAGUGA